GCAGGGGGGAACGGUGGGAACCGGGAGAAACAGUAGGAACGCGGGGCGUAGCGGUAAAGUGGCCACCAGGCCGUUUGCUCUCAGCGCUUCGCUGUGGCCGGUAUCGAAUCUGCGGCAUCGAACCACGUGAGGCGGCGGCAGAUUCGCCACGGCUGAUUCGUCACGGCAGGUGGGGAGCGACGCGGGGUCGGGGAAGAACAGGGAGAAACGGAGGGAGAACGCGAAGGCGGAAACGCCCUAAGACCCAUCCCCGAGCCCAAACCGGUCCCGCUGCCCCCGACCUGCCUAAGCCGGAGCUGCCAUGCCGAUACCGGUGCCGGUGCUACGGCUGCCGCGCGGCCCCGACGGCUGCAGCCGGGGCUUCAACCCCAACUCGGCGCGGUUCCGGGCGCUGCAUGGCGAGCAGGCGGCGGUGCAGGGCGCGCGGGCGGCGCUGCGGCUGCGCUAUCUGCGGGCGCUGGCAGCCGCCCGCGGGCGCCCCGCACGCUUCUGCCUUCAUGCGGGGGUCGGUGUGGACGCUGUCUUCGGGGCUGCCGACGUGGACGCCGUGGCUUUCCAGGUAGACGCGCUCCAAACGCCGCUGGGCGUGCAGGCGGCUGCGCUGCUGCGCUGCACCGACGUCCUCGCCUUCUCCUUCCUGCUCGCCUGACGCCACAGCCGAACCAAAUCCAGCUUUUCCGGACCUUUCCCGACCACGUUAACUGCUGAGGUUCUCACCUGACGCUACAGCCGAACCAAAUCCACCUUUUCCAGACCUUUCCCGACCACGUUAACUGCCGAGGUUCUCGCCUGACAUCGCAGUGGAACCAAAUCCACCUUUUCCAGACCCUUCCCGACCACAUUAACCACCGACGUCCUCGCCUUCUCCUUCCUGCUCGCCUGACGCCACAGCCGAACCAAAUCCAGCUUUUCCAGACCCUUCCCGACCACAUUAACCACCGACGUCCUCGCCUUCUCCUUCCUGCUUGCUGAUGCCACAGCCGAAUCAAAUCCAGCUUUUCCAGACCUUUCCCGACCACAUUAACUGCUGAGGUUCUCACCUGACGCUACAGCUGAACCAAAUCCACCUUUUCGAGACCUUUCCCGACCACAUUAACUGCUGAGGUUCUCACCUGACAUCGCAGUGGAACCAAAUCCACCUUUUCCAGACCUUUCCCGACCACGUUAACUGCCGAGGUUCUCACCUGACGCUACAGCCGAACCAAAUCCACCUUUUCCAGACCUUUCCCGACCACGUUAACUGCUGAGGUUCUCGCCUGACAUUGCAGAGGAACCAAAUCCACCUUUUCCAGAUCUUUCCCGACCACAUUAACUGCCGAGGUUCUCACCUGACAUCGCAGUGGAACCAAAUCCACCUUUUCCAGACCUUUCCCGACCACGUUAACUGCUGAGGUUCUCACCUGACGCUACAGCCGAACCAAAUCCACCUUUUCCAGACCUUUCCCGACCACGUUAACUGCCGAGGUUCUCACCCGAUGCUACAGCCGAACCAAAUCCACCUUUUCCAGACCUUUCCCGACCACGUUAACUGCCGAGGUUCUCACCUGACGCUACAGCUGAACCAAAUCCAGCUUUUCCAGACCUUUCCCGACCACGUUAACUGCUGAGGUUCUCACCUGACGCUACAGCCGAACCAAAUCCACCUUUUCCAGACCUUUCCCGACCACGUUAACUGCCAAGGUUCUCACCUGACGCUACAGCCGAACCAAAUCCACCUUUUCCAGAUCUUUCCCGACCACGUUAACUGCUGAGGUUCUCGCCUGACAUUGCAGUGGAACCAAAUCCACCUUUUCCAGACCUUUCCAGACCUUUCCCGACCACGUUAACUGCCAAGGUUCUCACCUGACGCUACAGCCGAACCAAAUCCACCUUUUCCAGACCUUUCCCGACCACGUUAACUGCUGAGGUUCUCACCUGACGCUACAGCUGAACCAAAUCCACCUUUUCCAGACCUUUCCCGACCACGUUAACUGCCGAGGUUCUCACCUGACAUCGCAGUGGAACCAAAUCCACCUUUUCCAGACCUUUCCCGACCACGUUAACUGCCGAGGUUCUCACCUGACAUCGCAGUGGAACCAAAUCCACCUUUUCCAGACCUUUCCCGACCACGUUAACCAUCAACGUCCUCGCCUUCUCCUUCCUGCUCGCCUGACGCCACAGCCGAACCAAAUCCAGCUUUUCCGGACCUUUCCCGACCACGUUAACUGCCGAGGUUCUCACCUGACGCUACAGCCGAACCAAAUCCACCUUUUCCAGACCUUUCCCGACCACGUUAACUGCCGAGGUUCUCACCUGACGCUACAGCCGAACCAAAUCCAGCUUUUCCAGACCUUUCCCGACCACAUUAACCACCGACAUCCUUGCCUGACGCCACAGCGGAACCAAAUCCCCUUUUUCCGGAGCUUUCCUGACCACAGCGACUGUUUUUCCCAAAGGAACAAAGAUGGCCACGGGGGAUGA